AUGGCGGCCGCGGCCUCGCCGGGCUCCGGCUCGUCCACCUCCUCAGACUGGAUUGUGCUGAGAGACGGUUGCCUGCGUUGCGACGAGGAGGGCCUGCGAAGCCUUUCCUACCACCCGGCCCUCAACGCUAUCCUCGCCGUCACCAGUCGUGGCAGCAUCAAAGUUAUCGACGGCACCUCCGGGGCCAUCCUUCAGGCCUCGGCGUUGCACGCCAAACCCGGCGGCCGGGUCCGGUGCCAGUACUUCCCGCUGGUGGACAAGGUGCUGUUUGUGGACGACUACGCCGUGGGCUGCCGGAAGGACCUGAACGGCAUCCUGCUGCUGGACACGGCCCUCCAGCCUCCGGUGGCCAAACCGGAGGACAUGGUUCAGCUGGAGCUGCCGGUCACAGAGUGGGCCACGGUCACCUUCCACCUCCCCCACCACGUGCUGAAGCUGGUGGCUGGUGCCAUAGUCAACGAGUUGAAGAAGAUCAACCAGAACAUCGCGGCCUUGUCUGUGGCCUCAUCCAUCAUGGACAGGCUCUCCUACCUCUUGUCAAGCGCCAGGCCUGAGCUCGGGGUGGGCCCCGGGCGCUCUGUAGACAGGUCCCUGAUGUACAGCGAGGCCAACAGGCGGGAGACUUUCACCUCCUGGCCACACGCCGGCUACCGAUGGGCUCAGCCGGACCCCAUGGCCCAAGCCGGGUUUUACCACCAGGUAGGUUCUGUGUAG